AUGGACUCGUCCAAUCGAAUCAAACCUCGAUCUCGCCCAGCUCACACGGCAGGCACCACGCGCUGCACCUACACACCAGAUGGCUCCCGCCUCAUUACAGUAGGCUCGAACAAUACGAUUCGCAUCUACAAGACGGGCUUUGACGGCGAGCCCACGAAUAUCGACGAAUGCCCCGAACAUAAUGUCGCCGUAGCGGCAGCUGGUGACUUCUUCGUCGUCGGCUCCGAGGACGGCACUGUCAGUCUGUAUUCUCUUGCUACGGCGUCGUUCGAGCGGUUCUUGCUCCGGUCGUCUCUCCCGAUUCGAGAUGUGGCGCUUUCUCCAGACGGAAAGUGGUGUGCUGUUGCGAACGACGAGACGACGGUCAAGGUUGUAAACACCGAGGACAACUUCCAAAUCAAGACCCUGAAGGAACACAACCGCUCGACAAAACACCUAUCAUUCGAUCCGAAGGCCAGUGUAAUCGCCCUCACUUGCACCGACGGCAUCAUCUACAUUUACUCGAUGACCUCCGAGACCCCAGAACUGAUCAGGAAGGUGGAUGGAGUGGUGGGUGUGCUUGAUGUCGACUCAGAUUCAUGCGGUGCUGUAGCAUGGCACCCGGACGGACGGUCGUUCGCCGUAGCGACGCCGACACGGGAUAUCCAGAUCAUAUCGAAGAACGACUGGGAGAAGCAGCGCAAAUUUUCCAAUGGACAUCUUGGCGAUAUCACAGCCCUGGCGUGGUCUCCGAACGGCGCUAUGCUCGCGACAGCUGGAAGGGACGGCAAGGUCUUGCUCUGGGAAACGAAGACGCAGGGUGUGAUAGACCGGCACCAUUUCAACAACGUUGUCGACUUGUCGUGGCAUAACAAGGAUAAUACCCUAUCUUUUACUACCACAGAGGGUGAGGUUUAUAUCCAUACCGACUUCGUUUCGGACCAAUUCGCCUCGUUCUUGAAGUUGCCAAUGCAGCCGUCGCCUUUCUUCCACGACCCGUUAACCGAUAUUUCUGGAAAUGCGAGGAGAUUAGAGGCCGCGGGCAAACCACUGGCAGCGCGACCUAGGAGGGAUUCUCUGGACAGCCUCGAAGAUGCCGUUCUCGAUGACGACCUGGACGACUACGGCGUGGACGGCGACCUUGAUGACUUUGUCGUGGACGACGACGGUGCUGGAUAUACGACUGGUCGCAAGCGACCUGCCGAGGAUGACGGGUUUGGCGACCAUGCUAUCAAGCGCCGCCAUCUCAUGCAGCCUCAGAUUCAUGCCGCUUUCCAGCCGGGUUCGACGCCUUGGCGUGGGAACCGAAAGUAUCUCUGCCUCAACCUCAUUGGCGUCGUUUGGACUGUCGACCAGGACUCUCACUACACCGUCACGGUAGAGUUUUACGACCACGAGUUUCAGAGGGAUUUUCAUUUCACAGACACUUUCCUCUACGACAAGGCAUGCCUCAAUGAGAAGGGUUCGCUCUUCUCGAACCCGCCCAAGGAUGACCUGCCGGCCACUUUGUUCUAUAGACCUCACGAGAGCUGGACACAUCGUAGCGACUGGAGGACGGAGCUGCCCAAGGGCGAGUCUGUCGUGGCGAUGUCGCUGAGCGACUCCUUCGUUACGGUGGUCACAAGCGCUAACUAUGUCCGCAUUUAUACGCUCUUCGGCAUCCCUUACCGAGUGUACCGACCAAAGAGCACGCCGGCUGUUACCUGUGCUAGUUGGAAGGACUACGUGCUGACCAUGGGCAAUGGCCCCGUGGGCCCGGAUGGGCGAGCCAAACUUCUCUACUCGAUCGAGAACAUUAAGCGGGAUGAGAUUUGCCAAAACGAAGACACCGUUGCGCUUCCAGAAGGCGUCAACCUAUCCAGCGUCUUCUUCUCCGAUAAAGGUGAUCCUUGUAUAUAUGAUUCGACUGGAACUCUCCUUACGCUCCUUCAUUGGAGACAGCCUUCGCAGGCAUCCUGGAUCCCACUCCUCAAUACCAAGCUUCUGUCCCGUUUGGCUUCGGGUCGGAAACACGAAACAUACUACCCGAUCGCCGUGGCAGACGACAAGUUCCACUGCAUCAUCCUCAAGGGCGGCGAUCAAUACCCAUACUUCCCGCGCCCUCUCCUCUCCGAGUUCGACUUCGCCGUGCCGCUCACAUCAACAGUCCCCAAGGCCAAGCGAGCGUCAGCGAACGGGGCAGAGAACGGCGGCGAAGAAGGCGGCUCAGACGUCGAAAACGGCGACGAAGACAUGGACGAGGAUCAGCGCGAGUCGGCGACCCUCACGCAGCAGCUCCUCGUCACGGAUAUCCUUGCGCGGCAGCUGCGCGACGUGCUGGCCGAUGCGAGGUCCAGCGCGACGUACUCGGAGCGGUCGCUCCUCGCGAAGCUAGAGCUCGAGGUCGAUAAGACGCUGCUCAAGAUGUUGGCCAUUGAGUGUCGGCAGUCUGAGGACCGCGGUAUGCGGGCCCUGGAGAUGGUGGAGCUCAUGCGGGAUAAGACGGGGAAGAUGGCUGAGGCGGCGGGUAAGGUUGCGGAUCGGUAUGAUAGGACUAUUCUUGCGGAGAAGAUUCGCGAAUUAGGGGAGAAGAAGGUCAAUGGUAUGGAUGAGGAUGAUGAUUGA